CCGGCUCUGAGCACAGUGCUAGCGCUGAAGCGAGGACAGCUAGCUAGCUUCACAGUUGAAGUAUUUUGGUGGAUUUUCAAGCAGAUAUGGGUGGCUUCUUCUCCAGUCUUUUUUCUGGCCUGUUUGGUACCAGGGAGAUGAGGAUCCUCAUCCUGGGUUUGGAUGGUGCGGGGAAGACCACUAUCCUGUACCGGCUGCAAGUCGGGGAGGUUGUCACCACCAUCCCUACCAUUGGUUUCAAUGUGGAAACGGUGACAUACAAGAAUCUGAAGUUUCAAGUGUGGGAUCUUGGAGGACAGACCAGUAUCAGGCCAUAUUGGCGCUGUUACUACUCCAACACGGAUGCAGUGAUUUAUGUGGUGGACAGCAGCGACCGGGACAGGAUGGGAAUCUCCAAGUCUGAGCUGGUGGCUAUGCUGGAGGAGGAGGAGCUGAAGAAGGCCAUCCUCGUGGUGUUUGCUAACAAGCAGGACAUGGAGCAGGCCAUGACCCCCACAGAGGUGGCAAACGCCCUGGGCCUGCCUGCACUCAAGGACAGGAAGUGGCAGAUCUUCAAGACAUCGGCGACCAAAGGCACAGGGCUGGACGAGGCCAUGGAAUGGCUGGUGGAAUCCCUAAAGAGCAGACAGUAAUCACACCUACAACGUCCUAUGUAAAUACUCCCGAUCAAGCUCCCUGUCGGAAUUGAGACUGUACCCUCUCCCUCUGCUGGGGAACUGCUCCCCUCCCCCACCACCUCCAGCCCAGGGGAGAGACUGUAAGAGGAGGACAGUGGCAAUGGACGCUUUCAGAGGGCUGUCUGCCAAAGGCCAGGAUGCUGUGAUUGGUGGCAAGUUGGAAUAGACACAGAUACUGCAGAAGAGGUCAUGUGAUCAAACCGGUGUUGCUGCAGGCCUUGGUGUUUUGUAUUCGUGUUAUCAAUAAUUCACACAUCUUAUGCUGGGUUCAGGAUUAUGCCGUGGUACGUUUGGGUUACCGCUGCCUCAAACAGACUGCAAAACAUUGGUGUCCCCAGUCUUUCGUGAAUGAUGCAGUUUCUGAUCCUUUGUGAUUACUUCCUAACAGCAUAUUUAUUUGAUCUUAAGUUAAUUGCCUCUUUGAUAAUGUACAUGUGUUCACUGUUCGCACUGAAACAAAUAAAUCAUGUACAGUAUCCAUACUGUGUGGCUUAGCUCAUAACCAUGUGAUUCCCUGAAUGGGGAUGUCAAUACUAUACAUGUCCACUAGGUGGCUCUAUGCUGUUGUGUAUUUAGUAUGUGAGGUGCAGCCUGUGUAGGUUAACAAAGAAAGAGCAUGAGCAUUUCCAUUUCCUCAC